CGCUCGCCUCCUCUUUUUCAAGAUGCGCCCUUUCUCUCCUGCAUCCAUCUCCCGCGUUACUCGCACAACCACUCGAAUCAAUACCUUUUUUACCCAACCUCGCAACUUUUCUUUCACACAAGCCAUAAUGGGUGUUCAGAAGACCAUCAUCUCCGAGGGCAGCGGCGCCUCUCCUCAGGUCGGCCAAAAGGUCACCAUCCAAUACACCGGCUGGAUCAAGGACGAGUCCAAGCCUGACAACAAGGGUGACCAGUUCGAUAGCUCCGUCGGCCGUGGUGCCUUCGUGGUCCCCAUUGGUGUUGGCCAGGUCAUCAAGGGCUGGGAUGAGGGUGUUACCCAAAUGAAGCUCGGCGAGAAGGCCCUUCUCGACAUCACCCCUGACUACGGCUACGGCGCUCGUGGCUUCCCCGGCGCCAUUCCCCCCAACGCCACCCUCCUCUUGUAA